AUGCGGUACUCUAUUGACCUCGCUCUUCUUUGGUGGCAGAGGCUCGUCAUGGGAUUGCCUGGUGCAGAUCGUGCUGCAGUUACUGAUGUGCCGACAUCGUGUCGGAAUCCCGUUUUACCCCUUGACUACUCAGCCAAGGUCAGGCGCGAAUAUGAGCUGCCGCUGUGUCGGGAUGGCGACUACAGUCACCCCGCUCUCGGCGCUGUGCACACGUCGUCUUUGCUGGGCGGCCGAGCCACGGUCGACGACUAUACGUGCGGGCCGGAUCGACCUUGCGCCAACUCAGCCUGCUGCCCAAAGGCCUCGCUGCAGUGCAACUACGGCGAGGAGGCGUGCGGCACGUCGGGCAUCUCGCCCAACGACGUGUGUUGGUCCAACUGUGACGCCAAGGCUGAGUGCGGUAAAAACGCCAAAGUGCCCGGCCAGAAAUGCCCAUUGAACGUAUGCUGCGGCAAAUGGGGCUUCUGCGGCAUGACGGACGAUUACUGCGACGCCGAGGAUCAUGGCGCUACCGGCGGCUGCCAGUCCAAUUGCAACCAGCCCGCUCCCAAACACAAGGCCGACUCGCAGGACCGCGUCAUCGGCUACUAUGAGGCCUGGCGAGCCGACAGCGCGUGCCAGGGCAUGGGGCUCAAAGAUAUCCCCGUCAGCUCCCUGACCCACCUGUACUUUUCGUUUGCGUCCAUUACCCUGGACACGUAUAGUAUCGCACCCAUGGAUGGCAUCCCCGGGUCCCUACUCUCCGAUUUCACGAAUCUCAAGAAGAAGAAUCCCGCCCUGAAGACAGUCAUCGCCAUUGGUGGAUGGACCUUCAACGACCCGGGACCAACCCAGAAGGUGUUUAGCGAUAUGGUGGGCUCAGCGCGGACUCGCGAGACCUUCAUUGACAAUCUAUUCAGCUUCCUGCGCGAGUACGCCUUCGACGGUGUCGACUUUGACUGGGAGUACCCAGGCGCUGAUGACCGGGGCGGUAUCGACACCGACGGUGCCAACUUUGUCACUUUCCUCAAGGAGCUCGACGACGCCAACAAGAAGCAGCCCGUCAAGUACGUCGUUUCCUUCACAGUACCCACCUCAUACUGGUACCUGCGCCACUUUGACCUCAAGGCCGUAGACCACGUGGAUUUCGUAAAUGUCAUGUCCUACGACCUGCACGGCGUCUGGGACGGCAAGAACCCAAUUGGCCAGCACAUUUACGGGCACACCAACCUCACCGAGAUGACGCAGGCUUUUGACCUCUUCUGGCGCAACGACGUCCCCGCCAACAAGCUCAAUAUGGGCCUCGGAUUCUAUGGCCGCGCCUUUCAGCUGCAGGAUCCUUCGUGCAGCAAACCAGGGUGCAAUUUCAAGGGCGGCGCCACCAAAGGCGGCUGCAGCGGCGAGUCGGGCAUCUUAAGCUACCGCGAGAUCAUGGCCGUUAUUGAUGCCAAAAAGAUCAAGCCCAUACAUGACAAGACAGCCGGCGUAAAAUACAUCACGUGGAACAGCGACCAGUGGGUAUCGUACGACGAUGCCGACACCUUCACCCAGAAGAAGGAUCUGGCCAAGGAUUUAGGGCUGGGCGGCUUCCUCAUCUGGGCCAUCGAUCAGGAUGAUGAGCAUCUGUCGGCACUGCAGGCCGUCAUUUCGCCUAAGAAGCUAGGCGACUUGGGCGCGGCCGCCGACGAGGGCGACUGGCAAUCUUCCGAUAAGCACUGCUACAUCACGUCUUGUGAUGGGAACUGCGACGCUGGCGACGUUAAAAUCACCGAUCAACCCUGCGGUGACGACGAUAUGCGUAGCAAGCUCUGCUGCCCGCUAUCUGGGGCUCCGGACCCUAAAGAGUGCACCUGGCGCGGCGGCGAGACCUCCAACUGGUGCAAUGGCCACUGCCAUGACGAUGAGGUCAUGAUGGAGAUGAACAAGUGGGGCGACGGCGAUGGGUGCUGGGACGGCAACAAGGCCUACUGCUGCAAGAGCCCGCUCGCCGAGGAGAACAGCUGCUACUGGGGAGGUGUCGGCGCCGCCUGCAACGGCGAUGACUUGCCACUCACCUUCUCAGGCACCGUGCUGACCAUCUUGGAAGAUGUGGCCAAGGUCAUCCUCCGCGUCGUAGGGCGCGCGUACCCUCUCGCCGCUCUGACAGGAGAAGUGCUCCUCGAGGUGCUCGACGCCCUCGACCUCGAUACAGACAAGUAUUACUGCUGCCCCAAGGAAGAUAUCCCGAAAUGGAAGAACUGCGACUGGUACGGCGAACCCGGUAGCUGCUUCGAUGGCCACUGCCCGGACAUGACAAACGCCCAGUUGACCGACAGCUAUUUCGGCGGUGGCGAGACGUGCGGCGCUCAGUUAUCUCGCGUGCGCACCUUUUGCUGCGAGCCUGCCGACGACCCCUUGUUUCUGCCUGUGCCCUUGGGGAAUCUCUUCGAGCACCCCCCGGCAGGCGAUAGUGUCGACACCGACUUCACCCUCGAAACGGACAAUGACUCGGACUCACAGCACGACCCCAACGACGCGGCCUUCCAAUUCGUCGUGCUCGCCUCGCCUGAGGAGUUGCAGGUCUCUCUUGACAAGCGCGACGGCUCCCACUGGGACAUCUUCUCCGGCUGUGACUCCGCCAUCGGCGAAGAAGGCCCUCAUACGGUGCAGAUGGUAUGCACAGAUCUCUCCGAGGACAGCAACUGCCACAAGAUCGGUCUCGGCCAUGGCGUCCCUGGCACCAUUUUGCAGAUGCCUGCCGGGUGUGGCCCCGGAAAAUACGCUAUCGCAAAAGACAUGGCCCCCGUCUUUGACCAGAAAAAGAUCCUUCUUCCCCGCCACCUCAAGCACCUCUCCGACCGCACGCCUAUUGUCUAUGAUUUGACAUUCGAUUAUGACUUCAGGCGCGUGCCCCGAGACCUUGGCGACACCCAGAUGCGCAUCGACUUCAGCAACCAGGACGACUACUGGGACACGGUCGUCUCGGCGUCUGCAACCAGCAAGAAGAAAAUCAAACGCUCCAUCGCCGACACUGGGGGUAACCACGUCCGCUGGCUGGAGGAAGAAUUUCGCGACGACUACCAUUUCGGGGCCCUCUCGCGCCGUGACCUUGAGGAGCGCUGGUUUGGCUCAGACGUCCUCGCCUGGCUUGCCCGGAUCGUCCGCCCGGAAAUCAAACGCGAGUUCACUUACAACUAUGAAGAUACUCUAACCGCGAAGUUGAUUGACGAGACCUGGCAAUGCAACCGUGAUGGCGUCGACUACGAGGGCCAUCUCCUCGCCCAGGCCCUCCUGAAAGUAAAUAUCCAUACCAGUUUCGGGUUUACCUUGAUCGUUACAAAGCUGGCCUUGCCUCUCGACCUUUCCCAAAGCUAUCUGACCUUCUACAACAAGGGCGAGAUCACCGGCGUUCUGACCCUCGAAGCCGUCGCCAAAUUUUCGUAUCAUAAAGGGGACGUCAUCGUGAACAUCCCUUUCCCAGGCGCCUCCUUCGCCAUACCGGGAAUCGCAGUGAUCGGCCCACAGCUGACGGUAGAGGGCAGCAUCGACGCGUCGCUCACCCUGGCGGGCAAGGUAGAAACGCGCCUCGAGUUCGCUAACUGGGAGGUCCGCCAAGUCGUUCCCGACAAUGGCGACAGCAACUACACGCCCAAGGAAAUCGGUGACGGCGACCCGGAUCUCAAGCGCAAUGGCGACGACAAAGACCUGGACCAGCCAAGCUUCUACGCCGGCGUCCAGGCUCUCGGCGACGUGACGGCCAAAAUCUCGGCGGCAGCGGAGUUUGGCGUGCGCUUCGAUAAACGCUGGAAUGUUGACCCGGCCGCCGCGGCCGUAGUAGGCGAGGCCAGCGUGAUGAUCAAGAUGGGCGCCGGUAUUUCCACCAAGGACACUUGUCCCUUUACAUGGGGACUCGACGUUGGCGCGCGCCUGUUCGCGCGCGCCAAGGCACCUGCCAUCUUCAAAUGGCCAGGGAUCGAGGUGCCCAUCACGCCCGCUUAUAACAAGCCCAUCUUCGAGGGCGGCACAUGUCCCGGACUAGGACCCCUCCCGACCAAGCGUGAUCUGGAUUACCUCACUAUCGGCAGCAACAUCACCAGUAGCCAUAGCCAUACACAUGGCAGCUAUUUCUGCCCGCCCGAAUCCGAUGACAGCGCUGGACCGGGCACGGUCUGCUCUAAGAUCGGAUACGCCUGGGACUCCGACGACGGCGACGGUAACGCAAUCGUUGGGAGACGGGCUAUCUCUCUCAGAAAUGAACUCGAAAAGCGGGCCACCAAAAGCACCACCAUUUGCGGUAAAACAGUCACCUUCCAAUACCCGUCAGACACCGAAGCCAAAGGCUGGAACAACCCAACCUACGGCUUCCGCACCACUGACUGUGACGACUACGAGUUCGGCGCCCCCCUAGACGCCGACACCGCCAACUCCAAGUACGAAGCCGAGCAUGUUCUCGAGUUCCAGCUCAUCAAACAAUUCUUCGACGAACUCGACCAGAACAUCGGGCCCUUCCCCAACCCCAACCCUGGCGUCGCCAACCCCAAGCCAAUCAAUUUCUGCGCGCUCGUCACUGCGCUCUGGAACAUCCAGCCUGUCGCAAUUCCGAAUCUCGAUACUGCUGCUGGGGAUGGUUCCCCCCUCACUCCCUAUAAUCACAUCGGCGGCCAGUUCCCCACCAAGACGUGGAAAAAGGAGGAGUACGUCCGCCUCGACACCACCAUCAACGCCCCGCCCAAGUCAAGCGCUUGGGCCGGUUUGACCACUAAAUUUAACCAAAUCCAAAUCAUCGAUUUCAAGAAAUGGAUCGGUGGUGACCCCAACGACCCUACUAGCACCGUCAACCAGGACGACCCCAACUACUCGGGCUUGAUCACUGAGAUCGGUGGCGCCGAGAAGAUGAUGAAGUCCAUGCGUGCCAUCCUUGGCUCGCGCUUCUACCAUAACGAUCCCCUCGUCCUAUCCAUCCUGCGGGACCAAAAGGCGCGAGUGGGCGAGGUGUUGCGACGGCUCGACACGGAGAUCCUGCCAGCCAAUCCCAAGCAAGCAGGCUGGACGCCCUGGGCGCCGUUGGGGCUGAAGGAGCGCUGGGACACUUUUAUGACGGGCAAGAUGCUGCUGGCGGUGACCAAGUCGAACAAGGUGCUGAACGAUAUAUUGCCGCGGAUGCAGACGCAGUGGGCGGACCAGGCUGCGAGGGACGCGGCCGCGCCUGACGAUAACGAUUCGCAGAGCGAGGCUGAGGCGAAGGCGAGGAAACAGAGGCUGAUUGAUAGUAUUGACGCGCUAGCGGACAUUUUAAAGGUGGCGCCGGCGUGGCAGUUGGCAUUUUAG